AUGGUUGGGUUAAGCGAUGUGGGCAGAAGGUCGCCAGAGAGGAGGGGCAGAAGUUCCAGCACCAUCAGUGGUCCCAUAAGUGGCAUGGUACACAGGCCUAGACUGGAGAGUGAUGUUCGGAAUGCCUCGAUCUCAACUUCCAAUCCUGACGCAGCUCUCAAUGCCACCCACUUGGCUGAUGAGAAACCGGUCGCUACCGGAAAUGGCGUCUCCGUCAUCAUCUCUCUCGCAGAACCUGUCCUCUUUUUGCAAGGCUUUGAUGCCAAUGAUCCCACAACGCACACCACCACCAUGCUUCGAGGCAGUUUGCUUCUGAGAGUACAGAAACAAGCCAAAUUGAAAUCAAUAUCCCUCAACUUCAAGGGCAAGUCCGAAACCGAGUGGCCCGAGGGCAUCCCGCCCAAACGUGUCGAAUUUCGUGAUGUCACGACCAUCAUGAAUCAUACAUGGUCGUUUUUCAAUGCUCAGUUUCCUCAGGCGGAACAUAGCUACGGGGCGGAUAUAGUCCAGUUACAAAAGGCCCCGUCCGUGGAAGCAAAGGAACUGGGCGUGACAACUUCGUCUUUCGACCUUUUCCAAAGGAGUGCUUCUCCUGCCAAAGGCCAUUCCGCUCGCGACCUCAAACGCCUCUCCCUCCAAGCCAACCAAUCGAGGAGUUUCGGUAAAGGAGAUACUCUGGGUGGUGGGCCGACUGUCGCACAACGGGGUUUCAAAGUGUUCCAUCCAGGUGACUACAUCUACAAUUUUGAACUUCCUCUGGAUUCCAGAUUACCCGAGUCAAUCAACGUCGAUCUUGGCCACGUUAAAUAUGAACUCGAGGCCCUGGUGGAGCGAUCCGGUGCCUUCCGUGCUAACUUGGUCGGUACCAAAGAGCUCACUUUGAUCAGGGCGCCUGCUGAGGGAUCGCUGGAGCAAGUCGAGCCUAUAGCCAUUUCGAGAAACUGGGAAGAUCAGUUGCACUAUGAUAUUGUUAUUUCCGGGAAGUCGUUCCCCUUGGGUUCCUCGGUUCCGAUAGCCUUCAAACUCACCCCCCUGGCCAAAGUCCAGUGCCACCGCAUCAAAGUCUUCGUGACAGAGAACAUUCAAUACUUCACAAACAAUAAGAAAGUGCACCGUCUUGAGCCUACGAGAAAGGUCCAACUCUUCGAGAAGCGGGCAGAUGGCCACAGUGUGACUUCAUACCCGGGGAGCUCGAUGCGCAUCCUAGCUGGCGGUGGAGUGCCCUAUGACUAUCGCCAACAAGCCGCGGCUGGAGACGAAGAUGUCCCGAGGGACCAAACCAAUCUUCUGGGAAACCUAGAUAAUGACGCCGGAAGCAUUGGUCCUACCGAAAUGGAGUUCAAUGUUCAAUUGCCCAACUGCCACCAGAUGAAGGAGAAACUCCGGAGUCAAUCAUUGGAUAAAGACGAGAACGACUCCGCCAAGCGUCGCCAUUUUGAGAUCUCCAUCGAUUCCCCAUUCAACAUAUUGUCCUGCAGAGCAACUCAGGCCAAUAUCUCGCUACCGGCUUACAGUGCUGGUCUCUCAACUCCCUCUUCAGCCGAUGAAUUCGAAUGUGGGUGUCCUGGAGCAGCUCUACGAAGACGCAGCACUCCUCCAGUGUCCCAAAACCAAGUUCCCACCCUGGCUCAGCCCGUACCCAAUGGACCAAAUGUACAACGUAGCUGGACCAACGACAGUGGAGGCCUGACCAUGCCAACACAAGCCCACGUGCACAACGAUCCUAAUUCCGGCCAAUCUAGGCCAAUGCACUUGCUUCGGAGCCCAUCUUUCAACCCCCCCGCUUUUGACGAAGAUGAGCCUCCACCACCACUUGUGACACCGCCGCCACUUUACGAUAAUAUUGUUCCGGGCGAUUCUAACAGCGCUCUGGCAGAUUACUUCGCCCGGCUAGCAGAUGAGACUUCAGAAGAAGACGAUCGCCUGGAUCGGUCGCGGGUAGACUACCCACUCACGCCAGGUGGACGUAUCAACCGAAGUAUGGAUAUACCCCGGAACUGGUUACCGCUCGAUGGCGCAGCCGGAACAGCCAGCACCACUCAGUCAAGCCUGGCAUCCUCAGCGUCUGGAGCUUGA